AUGGCGACUUCCAGCAACAAAAAGCGUGCAUUACUCAACCAACAAUGUCGAGAGGCAUUAUCAGCCCAUAUUGAAAAUCGACUUGGAAUCGUCAUCAAGCCUGACAAGGUCCGUCUGCAGCCGCCGGCCGAGGACGGAUAUGCUUGGUCCGUCACGGAAGAGAGCGCAUGGCUCUUGCAAUCGUGCUUGAGCAGCGGCAAGGUCGGCCUGUACCGGGCUAUCUGCAACGCGCUAGGCAAGUCGCUUGAGGCUGUGAGGCCGGGAGAUCUACCAUCUUCCCAACCGCGUCAGAAUAGCCGUGCUGAGCUGCUACAGAGCAGUGAGGACGACGACGGAUCAUUCACAGCCAGGAUUCGGGAAUUGGAAUCUACAAAUGACGACCUGGCCGCGGAAUUGGAACGCGUGAACAACCGUCUUGAGGAGUCUCUGAGCAAAGGCCGUGAUUUGCAGACUGAAAAUCAACGGCUAAGAAAUGAGUUGAGAGAUAGUGUGAACCGCGUGGGCGAUCUGGGGCGUGAACUACAUCAUAUCAAAGCGGGGAUCACCGAGGCAAUGAAAGUGUUACAGAAUUGCCCGUCGUUGAGAUCGGAAGAGAAGAUAACCCCGCAUAUACCCGAUGACGAUGGAUCUGUAAGAGCUGACAGCGACCAGACCGGCGACCGGACCGAGGCGGCGGAGGCGUUUCCUAAUCUUGCUGAGUCAUAUACUGGAUAG